UAUGUAUGCAUCUCACGCGGACUGCGCUCAACAUACUUCAGGAGCAUUCAGGACGAACAACUUAGCCAGUACAACCACCGUCCAUGGAGACGCCUCCGCCUCCUUACCUAGACCCAAACCACCUCAAUCCCUUCUCUCAAGCCUCCUCUCGCCUCCCAGAAGACACCGUAUUUUACUCCAUCUACCCAGACAAUUCCCUUUCCCAAGACUCCCUUCAAUCCCUCCACCUCCAAAUCCUCAACUCCAUUUCCCCUUUCACUUCCUCGUACGUUUGGCAGCAUGAACCCUUCACUCUCACCAUUUCCUUCCACCCUUUCCCUCACCUCCACGGCCACGUCCGUUACGGUGACAACCUAAACGACGAAUGGUUCACCGUUUUCCUCCUCUUCCAAAUUUCCCUCUCUUUCCCUUCCCUUUCCAUCCAUGUCCACGACUCCGACGGCGAGUUCCUCUUAAUCGAAUCCGCUUUCCACCUCCCCCGUUGGCUUAACCCCGAAAACUCUCAAAACCGCGCGUUUAUCCGACGCGGCAAAUUCCAUAUCAUCCCCAAACGCUCCCUCCCUAAUCCAACCCUGACCGAAUCCCUGAACUUUCUAAUAGAAAAUGAACAACUUGCUCGGGCGCCAGAUUCCGUUCAAUCCGUCAUUCGUAAUUGCAUCGAGGAUUACCCGGAGAAAGCGAAAUUGAACAGUCAUACGGUCCGGGUUCGGGUUCCGGUAUCGGUUGCGCACGUGUUGAGACACGCGCCGUCGUUGAUUUCUGUAGCGGUCGAAGGGUUUUACGACCGGGAUAUUGAUUCAAUGAAACACGCGGCGAAGAUGGAACGGUUUUUAAAGGGAGGGAAAGAAGUAGAGAUGGUUACCGUGGCAGUUGAGAUGUCGAGGGCAAUGUACGCGCAGUUAAUGCAGCAAAACUUUCACGCGCCGAAGUGUUAUCCGAUGCCGAAUAAGGGUGACGUGGAGGCGGAGCUGGGGAUGAAGAUAGCGUGUGGGUUUGAAAUGAUGUAUGAAGAAAAGAGGAAAGAAGGGGAAGAAGGGAAAGGGAGUGGCUGGAAAAAGUAUAAGGAGAGUUUGGAGAAGAGUGGGUAUUUUAAAGGGUUAAUUCCUGGGUCUACAGAGUAUAAGAGGUUGAUGGAGAAUGCUGAGGAGUAUUAUCGGAAUAGUUCUUUGUUUUCUAAGACCAGUGAAAUGUUGAAUGCUCCUGUGAGACAAAUAGAUGAGAUUCUUUCUUUAACCUAUUCAGCUGAUGAUUUCAAGAAUCAUGACAUUCCACCUUCGGAUGACGAUUCUUGGCUUUACAGUGGAGAGGAUGAGUUGAACUCUGUUCUCCAGGAUAGACAAAAGGAGAUGGAACUUUACGAGGUUAAUCGUAAAAAGAAGAAGAAGUCCAAAGAGCAUCAGGAUACUGGUCCAUCCUCCAGCUCAAAGGCUGAAGGUUUUGAUCUUAGUGAUAUUGUGAAAACCAUGCAGGGGUUUAUCCAUAAGAUGUCAAGCUAUGAGGGAGCUGAGGUUCCUGAAGACAGGGAUCCUAAGGAAGUGGAACUUGAUGUGGAGCGCUUUAUUAAGGACAUGGAAUCAGUAAUAAAAAAUCAAGGUGGAGAAGAUGUGGCUAGCGAUGUGGAUGAUGAUGAAGGUUCCUCAGACAUGGAUUUUGAUGAGUCUGAGGAUGGAAGUGACUUAUCUGAUCAUAAUGCGGAUGGAGAGGAUUCCUUCAUGCAUUCCUAUUCUGAUGCUAUGAAUUACGAACUGAAGAAUUCUACACUCAAGAAAAGCUUCAUUCAUGCAAAUGAACAGUCCUCCCUUAAAAAUGAGGGAACAUCAAAUGCAACAGAAGAUAUGGAUGAAGAGUUUACUCCUGUGGACGUGGAUGUCAACCUUGUUAAAAACCUUCUUGACUCUUUUUCUUGUCAACAAGGACUUCCUGGCCCAACUUCUAAUUUGCUUGGGCUGAUGGGUGUACAGCUUCCUAAAGAUGACAGUAAGGGCGAGUGAGAUCUGUAAGCUUUGGUCUCAUGCUCAAUUAUUUACUUGUAUUACAGGGUCCAUGGUUUUGUGGGGAAACUCCAAUAUGGAGAUUGUACCGAGAAAUCACUGGAAUUCACUGUAUAUAUUGUAGCUUCAUCAUCCUCCUUGUAACUUAAGGUAGCAAGUUGCUUUUGAAAUCUAUUAUCUAUUGAAACUCUGAAGUUGUGUUUCAGUUAUUACAAUUAUUGUGUCAUUUUUUGAGUCAUAAUUUGAUAAAAUUUUCAA